CAUAUGCUUAGUACUUUAGGCAAAUGGAUACAUGUGUCCUUUCGAGCUACUCGACGAAAACACGUCUAGGAACAGGAAGACAAAGCCCUUGUGUCUCUAAGAAGAGGGAAAAAGACAGAGAUCAAAGAUCAAUAAUCAACCACUUUAGGAUUCUUCCAGUUUCGCGGUGAAACAUACAGCUUCUAUUACUUUAUAUCGUUGAUCGAAAUACCCAUGGUCUGAGUUCGAACGGGUAUAAUUCCACCCCAUGCAACCUCAUUGCCGAAUCGUUAUCUCCAGCUAGCCGCAAUGCAUCUCACCCCAUCCCUACCCCCAUCCCUCCUCCUCCUCCUCUGGACCUCUCUAUCCCUCCACCCCCCCGCCGCCGCCGCCGCAGCCAAGCCUCAAAACGCCAUCCUCCUCUCAGACGUACAAUCCCUAACCCUCCGCGGCGGCGGCGCCCAGACCAAACACAGGCGCGUGUCCGCCGUCCCGCAGCUGCGCUGCGUCUCGCCCCCCGCCAUAUGCCGUCUCCACGAGAUCGACGUGAUGCGCUGCGCGAACCAGGGCUCGGGCUACGACGCCCAAGACAUCCAAUGGUCGUGCACGGCCUCGCUGCCCCCCGAGCUCAAGCUCGGCAGCACCGACGUCCUCUGCGAGGGCUACUCGUCUCCCGACGACCCGUACGUGCUGAAGGGCAGCUGCGGCGUCGAGUACCGCUUACUCCUGACCGACACCGGCGAGGCCAAGUUCCCGGAUAUCGCCAAGACGGGGGGGGCCGAGAAGAAGACAAUGUCGGAGAAGAUCGCUGCCGCCCUGUUUGGCGUCGUGUUUGCCCUCGUCUGUAUGAUUAUGAUUUAUUCCGCCUGCGUGAACGCUCGGAACGCUCCUAAUGCGCCGCGGAGACCGAGGGAUAACCGCUGGGGAGGCGGCGGCGGCGGCGGAUUUGAUCCCGGCUUCGGACCCGGCGGAGGUGGUGACGACUGGAAUGACCCGCCGCCGCCUUAUCCGGGGCCCAAGUAUUCAUCUACGACAGGGAACCAAGGUUGGCGGCCUGGAUUCUGGACUGGGGCUGCAACUGGGGCUGCAGCAGGAUAUGCGGCUGGCAAUCGACGGUCCGGACAGAGUUCUAGUUACGAGUCAAGGGCAGGUCCGUCUAGCUCAUCACAGUCGACAUCCUCUGCUAGAUAUGAAGGUACAGGAUUUGGUUCAACAAGCCGAAGAUAGUAGACGAAGGACACGACUAGUCACGAGAUCAUUUAUCAAAUAUGGGCUUUCCUCAUUAUCAAGUAACUUGUUAAGUCUUCUAUUUGUUUGCACUCGCUAUCCAGUGCUGUAGCUCGUUGCGAAACGUGAGUGGUGAAGCUAUUUCACUCGAUGAGCCACCAACCCCUUGUGCAGACGCAAACUAAAGCCUCAUCUUUCACUGGCAAAACAGGUUGGGUUCGAAUCCUCGAAACACCUAAUAAACUUCUGCA